ACCAUGGAUAUCAACAUGACACGCCCCGACAACGCCACUAUCCUGAUGCUGCGCAACCCGGCCAUCGCGGUGGUCCUGCCGGCGGUGUACUCCCUGGUGGCGGCGGUCAGCAUCCCCGGCAACUUCUUCUCGCUGUGGGUGCUCUGCCGCCACAUCGGGCCCAAGUCCCCAUCCAUCAUCUUCAUGAUCAACCUGAGCAUCACGGACCUCACGCUGGCCGCGGUGCUGCCCUUCCAGAUCGCCUACCACUGCAACGGGAACCACUGGGUGUUCGGGACGCACCUGUGCACGGUCGUCACCCUGGUCUUCUACUCCAACAUGUACUCGUCCAUCCUCACCAUGACCUGCAUCAGCGUGGACCGCUUCCUGGGCGUCGUGUACCCGCUGCUCUCCAAACGCUGGCGGCGGCGGCGCUACGCCGUGGCCGCCUGCGUGGGCAUGUGGGCGCUGCUGCUGGGCGCCCUGUCCCCGCUGGCGCGCACCGACCUCACCUACGCCGUGGAGGACUUGGGCAUCGUCACCUGCUUCGACGUCCUCAAGUCCACGAUGCUCCCCAGCGUGGCCAUGUGGGCCAUCUUCCUCUUCACGCUCUUCAUCAUCCUCUUCCUCAUCCCCUUCCUGGUCACCGUGGCCUGCUACACGGCCACCAUCCUGAAGCUGCUGCGCACCCCCGACCCGCACGACCGGGCGCGCCGGCGCCGCGCCGUGGGGCUGGCGGCGGUGGUGCUGCUGGCCUUCGUCACCUGCUUCGCGCCCAACAACUUCGUGCUGCUCGCCCACAUGGUGGCCCGCCUCUUCCUGGGGACCAGCUACUACCACGUCUACAAGCUCACGCUCUGCCUCAGCUGCCUCAACAACUGCCUGGACCCCUUCGUCUACUACUUCGCCUCCAAGGAGUUCCAGCAGCGGCUGCGCGGCUACCUGUGCACCCGGCCGCAGACGCCCUGCCCCUCGGACCUGCGCCGCGACAGCCUCUUCUCCGCCCGGACGCUGUCCACCACGCCCGGCGACGGGCCCGAGGCGGGGGCCACCCGGCCCUUCCUCCAGCAGCAGCAGAGCGUGUUCUGA